AUGAAAUUCAGUACAAUACUAGCCGUGCUAGGCGGCGUUGUCGCAUCUGUCCAUGCCCAAUCGCCGUUGACAGCUAUGGCGAGGCAGAUGCCUCCAUGUGCUUUGUCAUGUUUCACACAAGAGAUACCGAGGUCAUCAUGUGCAACAAAUGUCACAUCAUCGUGCAUGUGCGGCAAUAAAGCGUUGAAUGCUGCAGUAGGGGCCUGCGCUAGUAAGACCUGUACCAACUACGAGUUGCUCCGAUUAAAACACAUAUCCGAUAAAGGCUGCGGACGUCCAGAGCGCUAUCAUGCCGACCCAUUCAUCUAUCUGGGUACUGUUGGUGCUGUUGCGGCCGUCGUGGUAUACCUCCUCCGUCUAUGUGCCAGUAUUGGCAAGCGUGGAAGGGCACUCUCCUGGGACGACUUGACCAUGGGGAUAGUCACUGCAUGUGCAAUCCCUCCCGCCGUAUUCAUCAAAAUGUUGGUCGAAAACGGACUUGGUCGAGACAUGUGGACCUUGAAGGACUAUCAGAUCACCAAUGUGCUCUAUUACUACUACAUAGGUGAGAUCUUCUACGUUACCGGGCUCGGUAUCUCGAAGAUUUCUAUCCUCUUCUUCUAUCUGCGCGUCUUCCCAGCCAAGGACUUCCGUAACAAGAUAUACUGGUGCAUGGGAGUAUGCACCGCGUACACAGUCGCCUUCUUCUUCGCCACAACAUUCCAGUGCAUACCUGUCAGCAUGGCCUGGAACCAAUGGGACGGAAUUCACAAGGGGUUCUGCAACGACAUCCACUUGCAAGGCUGGAUUGCUGCUGGAAUCAACAUCGUUCUGGACGCAUGGGUCAUGGUCCUGCCGUUGAGAAACCUGGCCAAACUGAACAUGAAGAUCAAGCAGAAGCUCAUGGUCAUGUCCAUGUUUAGCGUUGGUAUCAUCGUCAUCUUGAUCUCGUGUUUGCGACUGUAUUCGCUCGCUCACUUCGCGCGUUCCAAGAACAUCACAUGGGAUUACGUGGAAGCUGCAUACUGGAGUCUGCUCGAAAUUGACGUCUCCAUUAUCUGCGGUUGCAUGCCUGCACUCCGGCUACUUGUCACCAUCGCGGCGCCCAAGAUACAGUCCAAGAUGUCCUUCGGCUCGAGCAAGAACAAUUCUUCUCAAGGAUCAAAACUUAGCGCCACCAAUCAGUCCAAUGGAACGGACACGACCAAGAGCAUGACUACGAUCUCAGUCAAGCCAAAAUCUGGGGAUGAGAGCGACUUCGUCCCGCUAGUCGAUAUCGACUCGGGCAACGGUCGUCCUCAACAUAACGACGCUCACUCCGACAUGGACCGAAAGGAGCAUUCCAGUCACUCGAUGAAGGAGUCGGUGUCCAACGAUCACCUAGAUGGCUGGCCAAUAGCCAGCGCAACAGUGGGCAAGGAGCACAUCUGA